AUCCACAUCAGACAGCCACGAUGCGGAUUGAGGACUGCAGCUUCUGUGGCCGGCCGGCCUACCCUUCCAAGGGCAUCACCUUUGUCAGAAACGAUGGCAAAGCAUUCCGAUUCUGCCGAUCAAAAUGCAACCGCAACUACAAGAUGAAGCGCAACCCGCGCAAGCUCAAGUGGACAAAGGCCUACCGCCGCAACGCGGGCAAGGAGAUGACGGUGGACAGCACGCUGCAGUUCGCGGCGCGGCGCAACGAGCCCGUGCGCUACGACCGCGACCUGGCGGCCAAGACGCUGGCGGCCAUCAAGCGCGUCAGCGAGAUCCGCGCCCGCCGCGAGCGCGUCUUCUACAAGAAGCGCAUGGCCGGCAAGCGCGAGCGCGAGCUGGCCGCCGCGCGCAAGCUCGUCGCCGAAAACGAGCACCUGCUGCCGCGGCUGCGGGGCAGCGAGAAGAAGAGGCUGGCGGAGCUGGCGGCGGAGCGCGGCGGGGACGAGGUCGUUGUCGAGGAGGAGGCGGAGAUGCUGCUCGCGACGAGGAAGAAUGCCGUCAAGGCUUUUGGCGGGGAGCAGAGGAGGGUCAAGGUCCGGGUGGAUGGCGGCGUGGAGGAGGAGGUUGUGCGUACGGUUCGGGAAGAGGUGGACGAGGAGGAGGACGACGACGAAGACGAGGACGACGAGGAUGUCGACAUGGAGGACUGAGCGGGAGCAGCAGCAGCAACGUGGCCGGGCUCAUCAUGGCUUGGGUCAUGACGACCGACGACGGGUCUGGCCGCCGUUGGGCCGGCCUGGAGAGACUGCUACAAGCACUACAUUGCUGGAGUCUGGUGGGUGAUUGGUCAUACAGGAAGCAGCACUACCUUUGCCUACUACUCAUGGGUCCAGCGACUCGUCAGCGUUGGG